GGUGCAGAGUGGGCAGACGGUGGCUCUGGUUGGGAACAGCGGCUGUGGGAAAAGCACGACGGUCCAGCUGAUGCAGAGGCUCUAUGACCCCACGGAGGGCGUGGUCAGUAUUGACGGGCAAGACAUUAGGACCAUAAAUGUCAGAUAUCUGCGGGAAAUCACUGGUGUGGUGAGUCAGGAACCUGUGCUGUUUGCCACCACGAUAGCUGAAAACAUUCGCUAUGGCCGUGAAAAUGUCACCAUGGAUGAGAUUGAGAAAGCUGUCAAGGAAGCCAACGCCUAUGACUUUAUCAUGAAACUACCUCAC